AUGCAAAAACAAACGCUGGAAAACCCGCUUUUCAUCCCGCUUCGACCUCCGCCACCACCAAACUUGCUAUUUCCCCAUCUUUGGCUAAAUCAUGAGGCCUUAUCGGUCUCAAAAUCCAGCAGCACCAACACCGUCAACGAGCGCCUCCCUACCCUCGGGUACAGUACCCCCACCGACGAUCAGUAUUUCCCCCAAACACUGAGGUUGAAACCGGCAGACGACUGUUCAGUAGGAGCACACAGCUAUCGGACACCAACACGCACACCCAGUCCAGUCAGUGCCAAGGCAACCACAGCUAACCCAGCAUGGGUCUCGAAACCAAAGUACCCAGAGACUGACCAAACUGGAAAAGGGAAACGUCAGAAGCUCAAGCGUACGGAAGGCCCCAGCCUUCCUUCAAGCACUGCUCCGCCCUCGAGCGCUGACUCCAGAACCGUUGUUGCACCCGACCUCUUGGAGACUAUCAGUCCGAGCAAGCGAUAUUUGACGGAAGCCGAAAAAGCACAGUUAGGGCACAAAGACACCAGCAGAGAAUUGGGGUCUGAUAAGAGUCCCGAAAGCGGUGUGGACGACUUUGAGGACGAGGAGAGUGACACCAGACCGAGUUCGGCCUCCCAUGGGGAGCAGAACAUUGAGUGCGUGGUGUGUGGGGAUAAGAGCAGUGGGAAGCACUAUGGUCAACACACCUGUGAGGGUUGCAAGAGUUUUUUCAAACGUUCCGUUCGACGUAAACUGAUCUACAAGUGUCGCGGCAACCGGCAGUGUCCCGUGGAUAUGCACCAUCGGAAUCAGUGUCAACACUGUCGAUUCCAAAAGUGCCUGAAGACGGGCAUGCGCAAGGAA